UCCCAGGGGGCUGUCCCGGCUACAAGGGCCCUUGUUGUCCCCGUAUCCCUCCCAGGGGUCCCCAUAUCCUUCCCAGGGGGCUAUCCCGGCUGUAGGGACCCAUGUUGUCCCCGUACCCCUCCCACAGGUCCCCAUACCCCUCCGAGGGGCUGCCCCACAGCCUUCCCAGGGGGCUGUCCCGGCUACAAGGGCCCUUGUUGUCCCCGUAUCCCUCCCAGGGGUCCCCAUAUCCUUCCCAGGGGGCUAUCCCGGCUGUAGGGACCCAUGUUGUCCUUACAUCGCUCCCAGGGGUCCCUGUAUCCCUCCCAGGGGUUGCCCUGGCUACAGGGACCCGUGUUGUCCCUGUAUCCCUCCCAGGAGCCACCCCACAUCCUUCCUAUGGGGUUGCCCUGGCUAUAGGGACCCAUGUUGUCCCCAUAUUUUUCCCAUGGGGCUGCCCCAGCUAUAGGGACCUGCGUUGUCACCACACCUUUGCCAGGGUUGCCCCAGCUAUAGCCCCCUGGACUGCGCCACAUUGCCCCCACCGGGCUGCCCCACACCGACCUCGGGGCUCCCCCCAUGCACAGGGACCCGGGGAGCACCCAGGGGGCACCCCCAGCCUCAGGGACCUGUGUCACUGCCUGGGGCCACCCCUGGCUACGGGGCUGGGGGCUGCCCCCGUGCCCCCCGAAAGCAGAACACCCCCUGCGAGGGGCUGUUUAACACCCCAGGAAAACGGGGAGAAACGUUGCUGUGGUUUCGGUGCUUUCUUUUUAAAAAAUGAUUUAGUAAAAAAUUUUUUUGCUCUCUGCUAAGCGAUACAUUUGGGGAGAAGGGAGGAUGGGAGCUCCUCCGGCGUGAAAUUCGGUCUUGUGGAGGGGUGGCUGUGUAUGGAUCAGCUGCGGCAGGAUCCCUGUGUUCCUGGAGAGCUUUGGGAUGGACCAGGUUCAUGGUCAAUGUGUAGGGAAGCCUGCCAGAUCCUAACACCUCAGGUGAGGGGAACGUCCUGCCCGAGCAGCUACUGCUCUUGUUCAGGAUUCAGAAAAAUCUCUUUUUGGCGGUGGGCAAAAGGCAGGAGAGAGCAGGCAGCCUCCCGCUGACACUGAUUUGAGCUGAUGUGCAGGUAGGGUCGACUGUGCAUGUGUGCAUUAACUCCAUGAGUGGGGAAACAUAGUAAUCACCAUAAUUAAAAAAUUAGAAUUUACAUCUCAGCUUUUUCCUAGAAUCUUGUUUUGCAGGAGAAAAAAAACUCCGGGGUUCUCCUGCUGGCAAGGACAAACCCUGUUUGUUGCUCAUGUACUGAAAUGACCUGGACACUCAGUCUGAUCGAAUUGCUGAACUGUCGCUGCCCCUCGGCUGUGAGAUUUCUUAUUCUUCACAGCUUUUGAACAUGCAAACUCAUGGAUGGAACAGGUGGAGAUUAACUGGGUAUUACUAAUUGCUAAUCACAACGGCUGUCAGGGUAAAAUUAGAAAGGGAAUAUUUUGUAGAAACCCAAGCCCUCCUGCUUAGUGCUCCCAGGAUUUGGUUUUCAGGUGGGCAGUAUUUUGGGGUUUUGUGAGCAGAGCCUUCAAGCAGGUUUUUUCUUUGCUGGAACAAGCAGGCAGAGGUGCUUUUUUCUGAUUUUUAUUAGCAAAAUACUACUGACCCAGAAGACGGGAAUGCCAACAUACACCUAGUACAGGCUAAAUCCAAUUAGCAUGUCUUGAGCUAAGAAGAAGCCAAUUACUGUACAUGACAAUUCACUGUCAUUGAAAGUGGUUUCGGCUGGGUCGGUGACCCAUGAGGAUGAGGGGGAGAUGCUGCCUCGGGCCCCUGCUCUGCCGAAGGCUCCUCUGCCCGGGUGGACGCUGGUGCGGGGACUGGCUGUGGGAUGCCACGUGUGGGAUGCCCCAGACUGGAUGUGGGGUUGGAGUCUCUGGACAUAGAAGCUGCUGUUCCCAAAGCAUUCCUCAGCCUAUGGAAAGAUCGCUUCAAGCUUUACGUUAAGUCAGGCUGGUCCGGUGAAGUUCAGGCUGCCUGUGGCUGUGGUUACCUCGGUCCCACCUGGCACUAUGGACUUUAGACUGGGGGUGUUUGCACUCACCAGCCUAGAGACUGGGAUCUCUGGGAAAUAUGGAAGUCAAGAGCAGAUACUGGAGUAAGAGGAGGCAUGAGGUGCUAGAAGAAUUGUAGGCAGCAGCUUCAUCUCUAUUGUGGCCUCACUAAGCUUGGAUACUUUCAAAGCCCAGCUGUAAGGUCCCAGGAGCAUCACCUCGGAAGGUGGCUCUGCUCUGAGCAGGUUUGCCUAGGGAGCUCCAGACGUCCCCUCCUCUGAGGUUUUUCUUCUUAUUCUAAAUGAAGUUAAGAUGUAGAUAGCGUGUUAUCAGCAUACAUAUGCCUUAUCCCAUAUCUGUAACAAGGAGAAACCUCUCUGCAUUCCCAGUAACACUGUGUCUCCUCACCCACAGCCCGCAUCCCAGCGGCAGGCACCCGAGGUGCGGCGUGAUGCUCCCCGCUGCUGGCCGGAGCGGGAGCUGUGCUAGUCGGCAGAGCUAUGGGGAAACUGCAGAGUAAAAUCACCUUCCACACCACCAAAUACAGGGCCGAUGGCUCCGUGGAAGAGACAGGACCUGUCCGAGCUGUCAGGCAGCACGGCCCCACGCACACCGAUGCCGUCGCUUCUGUGGCUGCUCUCAAACCAGACCUGUGUGUGUCAGGAGGACGAGAUAAGACCGUGGCCGUUUGCAGCUGGAGAUCUGGGGCUGCACUGCGGCGGUUCGUCGGGCACGAGCGGGAGGUCUCCAAGGUCACCGCUGCCCCUGACUCAGACAGAGUCUUCAGUGCAUCGCGGGACAAGACAGUGAUGAUGUGGGAGCUUCACGGGACCUCGGGACCAAGCCAGCGCUUCCUGGGACACGACCUGGUUGUUACUGGACUGGCUGUGAGCCCAGAUGCCUCCCAGCUGUGCUCAGGUUCACGAGACAACACCGUGUGCAAGUGGGACACAGAGACCGGAGAGUGUCUGGGCAGAGCCGCUAUCUCCAGGAAUCUGGUCACACAUCUGUGCUGGGUUCCAGGAGAACCUUAUGUCAUCCAGACCUCAGAGGAUAAAACAAUCAGGAUCUGGGACAGCCGGGAGCUGCAGGUGGCACACACGUUCCCAGCCAAGCAGCACAUUCAGACGUGCUGCGAUGCCAGCCAGGACGGGCGGUACUGCCUCAGCAGCAGCAGUGGCUCCGCGGGCGAGGGCAGCGAGGCCACCCUGUGGGACCUACGGCAGACAAGAAACCGAGUGUGCGAGUACAAAGGGCAUUUACAGACCACGACCUCAUGCGUCUUCCUUCCACGCGGCCCAGCUGUCACCCCCAGCAUUGCCACGUCCUCCUACGACAGCACAGUGAAGGUCUGGGACCGUGACACUGGAGCCUGCCUGGCCUCCUUGUGCCUCGAGGGAUCGGGACCACUGGUCUCACUGGCCGUCUGUGACAGCUCCACACUGCUCUGCGCAAGUUUUCACUCGGGAAUUCACGUACUCCGGAUGAGUGACGGUGCAGACCCGGCGCUGGAGGAGGUGGCAGCGUUUUGACCGUAGUAACCUCCCUGGCAGAGACUGCCCUGCGAGGGGAGGCGACUCCCCCAGAGCUUCCCCCCGACUGCCAGCACCAGGAGAGCGUUCACACGUAGAGCAACGAUGUGUGAUCAGUGGGGUGGCCACAGGGGGAUUUACUGGUUUCAGAUUGUGCGUGUGGGGAAGGAACUAGAGCAGUCUAGAAGAAAAGCCACAUCACUGAUACAUUCAGGCCAAGUUCUUGCUCCCGAGUGAGCCUUCUGCAUUUUAUUUACAGAAUCUCCACACAGGCUACCAAAGGCUCUUGGAAAAUGAAAGGUAUUAACAGAGGCUGAAUAACACCAUACCCGAGGGCUGUAUGGCGACCUACAAAUGACCGGAACAGGCUGGAGAAAGCCUGUGAGCCUGACUUGGAGGGGAGGGUGGACGCCUAUGGACUGUCUCCAAAUUACAGCAGAAAGCACUAUCUGUGGUAUAAAACCAAAGUCCUAAAAAGUGGAAAAACAU